UCUCCGUCAAUCGGGAUUUCAAUAUAAAGAGGCGAAACAUCAAAUUUAGAGUUAAUCAGUAAUAGUCAGAACCAUUUCUGGCGCAGUUUAUGGUUUAUUUUCAAGCUUUUGCCGGCUAAUUUCGCCUGGCUUCCUGAAUUUACAGUCAAGAAUGUAUCUCAAUGGAUGAAUCCGAAUUGUCUGCUUCAAGACGAGCAAACUACCUGACCAGACAGCUGGGGGAUACUGGGGGCUCUUUUGACGUCCUCAUUUCCUACGACUCUGAGAUACAGCGGCAAGAGUCUGCGGGAGACAGGACAAACAGAAGCCAGGAGACUUUGCGGGAGCUUGCCGGACUCUCUCGUAUAGAGUCUCCAUCCUCCAGACAAGACUACGAGGAAGUAUCUCUCCCUCGGGGUGAGAUCCUAGAUGAUGACAUCAGUGAGAUUCCAGUCAGAGAUGUAGAUUCCGUUAGUACUGUAGUACCUGACGCAGGUUUAGUGACCACUACGGGACAUCUCCAAACUCAACCGCAGUUUGAUUUGUUUUCAGCUGCAUCAUUACCGUCAUCUCCUGACAGAUUACCAUCUCAUGAAGGUCCCCAGAUCUUGAAUUCAUCAGAUCCUCUUGUCGAAGGCGAUAGAAACACUGCAAGGUAUCUUCGGAUUCUUGUCCCACAGCAAGACACUGGUUCCCGAGCCUUAACGCCACCUCUGGACAUUCCCCAACCACAACCAGGCUACAGCAGAAACACAUCUUACAAUAUCAGUGACGGCGAAUUGUUUGAGAGCCUACCAAGCACAUCAGAGUUUUUGUUGCUUGAGAGCCCCUCCGAUUCCCCCGCCCACUUUAGUCAACUGCGCCUGACACUGAACAGCAUAGAAUCAGAUGGGGAAACAUUUUUAUCCCUUGAUGAAAGUGUAGGAGAACAACAACAGCACAGUUUGAACAAUAGUUUUCUCAGGCAGCCCUCCAGACAGCAUAGUCGUAGCAAGCAGAAAGUUACCAACAAGAGUAAAGCCAUCGAGGACACACAGGUUGUGGGGAGUGAUCUUAAGAAAGAACUCCAAAGGCUCGUUGUGGAGAUUUACUCUGAGAGAAACACAGAGUUUGUCCCCAUUCCAGGUCUGAUUUCAAAUAGAAUGGAUGCUAUCCAUUCUGCAAGAAAUACAACACAGCAAGCAGAUUUGAAAUCUCGCACAAUGGGUGAUGGGCACCCUUCCUUCGUACACUUCCAAGACAACAUGUCAUCAGUAGAAGACAUCAUGGACGCCAAAACAGUUUCUACUGCUCCUGACUCUCAAACAACUUGUAACUUUGAUGGAGCCGAUAAAGCAGCUGUAUCUGGCAGUGACCGCCCUCAACCGGCUGGAGCCAGUUUGGAGACAUUGUCAGCCCUGUCCUCUACUGCUGAUGCUUUGGCUCUGCAGCGCUCUGUCAUUGGCUCUAGCCCAACAAAGCCAGCAUCAAUGGAAGAGAUUGCAGCAGCCAUUGCAGCAGCUGAGAAACAGUACAGGCAGCGACUUCAGUAUUAUAAGCAGCAGCAACAGCCUGAACAGCAGCACAAUGGCAAUCCACCGUUCAAUAUGAAUACCUUGGAUGAAAUGCCAACCCGCCUACCAGCCACCCCACCGAGAGACACCUCUGAGGACAAUACUCUUGUCCAAUCAAACCAUGAAGUCAAUUAUCUUGCAUCAAAUGGUAACCAAAACAUAACACACACAUAUGACCCCCAGCAAGGUGCACCAGCCAGAACCAAAUCCUUACCAAAUACCACAAGAGUGCGCCCUGGCUCACUGGUCGCUCAAAACACAGGACUCGCUGUUAGUAGUGCAGUUGGGGCCAGGUUUGGGACCCCAACCUCAAGUAAAGAACAUAGCCUGUCGCCAAAAGAUUCCUCCAACAAGGAUCCAGUGUUUUUCCGUAGUCCAGUUCAAGCUAUCACAACCUCACGAGGUGGGCGAACAAUAGCAGUUCACAAACCUGACCCCAAGAAAGUAGAGAGUAAAGGAUCUAAGAAACAUAACCCUAAGAGAGUUGACAACCAGGUUUAUUCUACCCCUGCUGAGAUGAAGGCAUUAAUCGCUUCACAUUCAGAGGAUCUGCUGCAGGACAAGAAGCACAGCAAACUUCCACCAAGUGUAGUCUCUGUCAAAGCUGCAGAGGAUCAAUUUCAGGUUCAAGAGGUUGGAGUUGAGCCAAACUCUGGGGUCAUUGUAACAAGUGAUCCAAUUCACAGAGUCCACGAAGACCCUUUUACUGAACAUCAGGCUGCACAUACCUCUCCAUUGCCAUCUCCCGAGGGAGAUAAACCCAAGCAGUCUUUUCUAGGAUCGUUCUUGCAGUGGGGAAAGAAACAAGAACCUCAAUCCCUCAAUUAUGAAACCAGCUCAUCAACCGCACCAUCACCUGGUGCUGCCUCACCUGGUGAAUUUUCAAGCCUGGGAAACAGUGGGAAAUCCCAUUAUUCAGGUCUUGCUCAACAAACAGCUGCAGAGAGCCAUGACUCUGGUAUUGACUUAGUACCAUCCGCAAACAAUAUAGGGGAGGUAUUCCAUGCUGACUUCGAGCCAGUCAGUGCCUCAACUCCUGUAAAAUACAGAGAGGAUAGUAAUGGCGUCACUGAGCCACACAUGGCCAACAACAGAAUGAUGAGCUCGCUAGCUAAGAAAGCCGACUCUGAUGACGAAACUGAUUCUAGGCUUCACACAACAAGACAAGGCCCAUUAGGAGAGUCGUCAUCCCACCAGCAAACCUUCCCCAGUGGGAGCAGUGCUCAGAAGUCCAGAUCAAUCAGAGCAAAUCACGUUGGGAAUAGUACUUCCCAUGGAAGUAUGCGUCGGAGGGACUUAAACAAAUUGCCAAGUACACGACUGACAUCAGUGUAUGGGUCCCUCAAGGUUGCAAGCCCUAGUUUUCCAGCAACUUCAACAGAUCCAGGAGAUAUGGAAAGUGUACUACGAGAAAAAGCUAACCUUGAAGGGAGGCUGGAGACUCUUGCAGUAGAAACAGAAGCAGCCCUGCAACAGAGAGCUGAGAUGCAGACUCGGGUCGCUUCGCUUCAGGCUCAGCUUAAAGCACAAAGCUCUGUUGCUGACACCUCUCAACACCAAGUGUCUGCCAUUGCUAAUGAUCUGAUUACUGCUCAGCAGAAUCAAGCACAGCUUGAACAGGCUGUAGCAGCACUUCAAAACAGUCUUGAAAGUAAGGAGGAGGAUUUAGACAAUCUUCACAGAGACCUGGAAUCUUCUGAGUCUACAAGCCACAGGCUUAAUCUAAAGAUGGAAGAGAUUAAGGAAGUCAUGGGAGCAAAAGAAGCUACAAUUGCAACCUUAAAAGAAAAAAUCAUAACUUUGCACAAAGAAGCAGAAAAAGCCCACAAGGAACGUACACAGUAUUUAGCAGAGCUCAAGACACUACAAGGGGAUGUGGAAUCACUUAUUAGUUCCAAAGAAUGGUUUGAGGAGCAGCUGCAAGCAGCCCAAGAGUCUCGGAGUAAGCUUCAGAAGGAGCUCACAGAGACCCAGACCCAGGCAAAGAAGCAAGGCGCAGCAGUUGAAACCCUAAAAGCAGACAAAGCACAGCUGCAACAUCAGUUAUCUGAGACCCAGCAGCAAGCUUUGAAGGAGAAGGAACUGAUCGCCAAGCAUUUAGAGACAAUUGAGGCAGACUUUCUUGCCCGUGAAGCUGCAUUUGAAGAUCUUCAAAAGGAGAAAACUGCUGUCCAGGAGGCUGUGGCUUCCAGGAUGGACCAGAUGAACGAAGAGAGGUCAAAGCUGUCCAAUUUGAUUGCUAGCUGUGUGGAACUUGAGCGCCAAUUGGAUAGAACUCAGAAAGAGCUGGCAGACAAGAAAGCUAGUGUUACAAAUCUAGAAGCUGAAAAGAAAGAAUUAAUUAAGAGACUAGCACUUGUUCAAGAGUCUCUUAUUUCACGUGACAAUGAACUGGAGGCAAUGCAAGAAAAAUGUAUUGACAAGGAGACAAAGUUACAAGAACUUCAAAGUAAUUCAACAGAACAAGAAGGUGCUUUGCAGAAUCAUCGAGCUGAGAAGGCCUCCCUGGAAGCAGCACUGUCUGCUGCCAACCAGGAGAAAAGGGCAUUUGAUGAGGCAUUGCAGACCUUACGAAAGGAUAUGGGAAAGGUAGAGCAGAACUUCAUGCAGAUGAAGCAGGAAUUGAGCAACAAGAAUGCCCAGAUGGAGAUGCUGGAGAGAGACAGAGAGGAUGCCCAGAUGCAGCUACAUAAUGCUGGGGAGCAGCUGAAGCAUCAUCAACAGAGUAUGGAGAGCUACCAGGAGGACCUCAGUGGCAAGGACAGCCUGGUAGGAGAGUUGGGUAGAGUCAAAGAUGUCUUGGAAUCUCAGAUUGCCACACUCAGACAGAAGCUUGAUGCAUUGCAAAAAGCAAAUAAGGAGUCUCACGCAAUCAGGGCAGGCCUUCAGGAUGAGUUGGCACAGAGUCAAGAAGAUUUCAAAGACUUGGAAGUCCAGUUGGAGUCGGCAAUGUCAGAGAAUGCUCACCUGGAAGGGCAGCUGGAAAUGAUGGCUGAUGAGCAGCAGCGCUUCUCAAAUCUUCUAGAUGAGAAUGCCAACUUGAAGCAGAGGCUUGCUGAAACCCAGAGCACAACACACCGUGAGCUGGCAGACCAGAGAGCCAAGGUGCUACGUCUCGGCUCAGAUCUUGCCUCCACACAGAAGGAGCUGAAGGACAAGCAGCGCAGCUAUGAGACAACAGCAGGAACUCUGACCAGGAAACUCAAGGAAGCCAUGGAUUCUAAACAGGCUGCUGAAGGAGACCUAGAGGCCCUUCGCCAGAAUGCAGCAGCCAGUAGCAUUGAAGUGCAGAAUCAACUCAUUGCUCAACUGGAGGCUGCAAAGACGGAACUCUAUACUGCCCAGCGAGAUCGGGAUGAUCUAGAGAGACAACUUGAAACAUUGAAAACUAGAAUGGAAGAGGAGGCUGAUGAAUAUAAGGAUAGAGUGGCAGAGCUCGAGGAUCAGCUCCAGGUUCUUAAAGACUUGUGUGAGCAGCAACAGAAAAAUGACGAGGCCACUCGCAGGAUGGCAUUGGACCUGGAGAGAGAACGAGGUCGUUUGGCAGGUGUUCAGCAAAGCCACUCAGCCCUAAAGCAACAUGCCAACCUGCUUGAGGCAGCUCUUGGUAGGCGAGAAACAACCUUGGCCGAGAUGGCUGGCCAGAUGUCCACCAGCAGCCAGGAGCAUGCUGCUGAGGAAGGGAAGCUCCGUGCGAAGCUCCGAGAGGUCACCGAAGCGCUCAAGAAAGAGAAGGAAGCGAGCAAGAAACUUCAAAAACAGGUUGCUUCUGGUAAAGCUGAGACUGGGAGGCUUGUGAGAGACAUUCAAGACCAAGGGGAAGUACUAGAGGAGACCAGACAACAGCAGGAUGCCCAAGGUCAGGAACUACAGGCUCUUUCACAACAACUCAACAAGGCUGCUCAGCUCGAGGGAGAUCAAAAAAUGAAAGCAGAUGAGGUCAGAGUUCAACUACAGGAGGCACGAGGUCAGAUAGGUCAGCUGAAGAGACAGCUUCAACAGAAGCAAUCUAGAGAUCCUGUCGUAGCUGAGCAAAUCAAGGCUUUGGAGUGGGAAAGUGAACAGCGAGGGCGUGAAGCGGAAGCCUUGAAAGAGCAACUGGAGUUAGCAGAGCACAGACAGAAGAUAGAGAUGGACAACGCCCAGGCUACCGUAAAGAUGGGGCGCAAGGAGCUAGAAUCUUUGAAGGCGGAGCUUGACUCAACUCGGAAGGAGAAAUUUGCCUACCAGGGAAAGCUCAGUCAGUUCAAGUCAGCUCUUAAAGCUACAUUACAACAAAACAAGCUCCUGAAGGCAAAAUUAAAAUCGAGACAGAAAGAGAGGAAUGCCGCAGCAAACACCAAGACGGCUGCCGGUCUGGUUGCCAGCGGUGACGUUACCAUGGUGCCUGAUGACAUCAUAGUGCCUGAAAUCAGCGUAGAUGUUGAGGCCUUACUGAAUAGUGAUGAUAGAGACGGCAUCACAGCCAGCAGUAGCAAGCCUCUGACAGCAUUACGGGGAUGUUUACAAUCAGUCAAGGAUCAGAUGGGUGGGUUACAACAACAAAUGGACGAGCACACAUCGGCCGUCAACUCCUCUUCCCGAGCAUGGAAGGAUGUUGAGUCCAAAGUACGAGACCUACGUAAAUCCUGUAUGCCACCAGUGGAAGGGUCCUCUUCUACAGCUCCCACAAGCACCUCAAGACGUUCACCACCAACCACACCCAAGAAAGCCCCGCCCAAAUCGGCGACGCCAACAGCCAAUUACAUAAACAACUCACCACGUACAACUCCAGCAUCCAUGACCUUUCCCACCUUGCCGAACGUCUACGACAUUUAACCUCUGGCUGUAAAGGUAGUGUAUAGACCCUAUUCACAAUGUGCAGCGCACAUACAGGCGCGUCUCCUGUCUGCAAUUUUGUGUGUAAAAACAUGCACAAAAGGAAUGGACCCCCCUAAAAAAAACAGAAAAUAGUACAUGCGCUUUGUUUGGAGGUGCGUAAAAACGUGUACCCAUCCUUUUCUGCACAUUUUGACACACAAAAUGGCGGACAGAAGAUGCGCGUGUAUCGGUGCUGCGCGUUGUGAAUAGGGUCCAUUGUCAAUUUAAAAUUAUGUUUCUGGAAGCCAUUGGGAAGCAGUUUGCUAAAAGCCCAUAAUGGCCACAAAAGAAAUAACAUUUUGGCAGAAUUAUUGUUUUAAACUUUUUUUUAGAAGCAAAGGUUGUACAUUUUUAUUUCGAGUUUGGCCAAAGAAACAACUUUUUAGUUUCCUUCUUUUUUACAAGAUGUUUUAGCAGGCUGUGAAAUUAUUAGCAUAGAUUAUUAGCAUAGAUUAAUCCUUCAGGGAUAUCCAAAAUAUGUAGAACUUGAUUUGCAUGUACAUUGUAGAAACAUAGGUUUUGUAUACUGUAGUGUAGUUAAAGGCAGUGGACACUAUUGGUAAUUGUCAAAGACUAGCCUUCACAGUUGGUGUAUCUCA